AUGCUACAACUUCAAAACAUUGAGUUUUCUGUAGGUACCGAAAAGCAUAAGGUAUCCGCUAAUGAUGACAUUGGUCCGGAAACCACCCUCAAUACCUAUCUUCGGAAAAAGGCACACCUCACAGGGACGAAGAGAAUGUGUUUGGAGGGAGGUUGUGGUUCAUGCACUGUAGCAGUUGAAGAAACAAUCAAUGGUAAAAAAAAUAUUUUCGCUGUGAACUCGUGUCUCGUUUCCAUUCUGUCCUGCCAUGGUUGGAAAAUCCACACGAUCGAUGGGAUUGGCAAUUCUUUGAUCGGUCUGCAUCCCAUCCAGAAGCUAUUAGCAGAUAAUAACGGUACACAAUGUGGCUAUUGUUCUCCUGGAAUGGUCAUGAAUAUGUACGCUCUCCAUGAAUCCGGACAACAAACAAGAGAGCAGAUAGAAAAUUCUUUUGGUGGUAACAUUUGCCGGUGUACAGGGUACCGACCCAUUUUGACCGCCUUCAAAAAGUUGGCAUCAGACGCUGAUGACAUAAUAGACAUCGAAGACCUGGAACCAUGUCGAUAUGAUGAAUGCAGACGAAGAAUUGACAAACUGGGUGAUGAAGAAAAUAUAGGAAACUAUUUUAUUGAGCUCGGAUCAUCUAAAUGGAUGAAGGUGCAUAGUAUGAAAGAUUUGCUGGAGGUUUUAGAAAUGACUGAGACCGAUAAUUAUAUGCUUGUUGGUGGAAAUACAGGAAGGGGUAUCUAUCGGCAGACCUGGCAGACCGUUUUGCCGGAAGUUUACAUAGAUGUAACUUCGGUGAAAGAAUUAACGGACCACUCAAUGAAUGGUAACACACUGGUACUUGGUGGAAACAUCAGUCUCACAAAAAUGAUGGACGUUCUCCAAGAGACGUCAAAUCUGCAGAAUUUCAAGUACUUAUCUGAGGUCAGGGAACACAUUGAUGUGGUGGCCUCAGUCCAAAUAAGAAACAUUGGGACUAUAGCUGGAAAUCUGAUGCUCAAGUACCAGCACAAUGAAUUCCAGUCGGAUAUUUUCCUCUUAUUGGAGACUUUCAAUGCUACAUUAGUUAUAGCUGGAGUAAACGAUAAAGAUAUACUAUGCAGCCCUUCAAGUUUUCUCGAGGUCGAUAUGAGGAAAAAAGUUAUCAAAAACAUAAUUUUAUCUGGAAUAGAUGAGAAGACUCAUAAAUAUGGGUCAUAUAAAAUCAUGCCAAGAUCACAAAAUGCACACGCUAUUGUCAAUGCUGGAUUUCUGAUCAAGCUCAACAACAACAUUGUUGAAUGGGCUCGUAUAGUGUAUGGCGGAAUAAAUGGACAUUUCAUCCAUGCGAAAAAAACCGAGAUUAUCCUGAAAGGAAAGAACUUGUUCAACAAUGAAACAAUGCAGACAGCUUUCAAAUCGUUGGAUCAAGAAAUUCAGCCCGACGAUGCCCCUCCAGAACCAACACCUGAAUUCAGAAAGAAAUUGGCAAUAUCUUUGUUUUACAAGUUCAUUCUGAAAGUUUGCCCAGACAAUCUUGUAUCGAGCAGAAAUAAAAGUGGAGGUUACAUGUUUCAUAGACCAGUUUCAAAUGGAAUUCAAGAAUACGGUACAAACAGAGAUAAAUGGCCUCUCACCGAGCCCCUGCCUAAACUGGAGGCCUAUGGUCAAACCUCAGGCCAAGCAAAAUAUGUUGAUGACCUGAUAGAUCUUCCGAAUCAACUGUACGCAGCCUUCGUCACUGCUAAUGCACCAGCAAACUCUCGAAUAGUCUCAGUUGAUGCUUCUCCUGCCUUGAAAAUGAAAGGAGUUGUUCGCUUCUUCGACAAAAACGACGUUCCCGGCGUGAAUACUUUCAUGCCAAAGGUGGCUGGUUUGGCUGUCCAAGAAGAACUAUUUUGUAGUGGAAGAGUGCAAUAUUAUCAUCAACCAAUAGGUAUAAUUGUUGCAACCGAUCAAGAAAUCGCUUGGAAUGCCGCAGAACACGUGAAAGUAAAGUACACACCGCCAACAACAAAACCAUACUUGACUGCAAGAGAUGUCGUUAAAGCUAACGCAAAAGAUAAAAUUGUGCACCAGACAACAGUUGUGCCAAGUGGAAAAGGAAACGAUGUCAAACAUGUUAUCAAAGGAGAAUUUUUUAUUGGCCAACAAUACCACUACUACAUGGAGGUUCAGUGUUGCAAUGUAGUUCCCACGGAGGAUGAUGGACUGGAUAUUUACCCUGUCACUCAAUGGAUGGAUGUCUGUCAAAUGGCUGCAGCGGCAACUCUCAAUAUCCCAACGAAUAAGAUAAAUGUCAAUGUGCGUCGUGUUGGUGGAUCAUUUGGAGGAAAGAUAACGAGAAACACCAUCCUUUCCACUGCCACAGCCCUGGCUGCACACAAACUCAAAGCACCUGUUAGAAUGACUAUGCCUCUGGAAAAGAACAUGGAUAUUAUUGGGAAGAGGUAUCCUUUUUAUGUUGAAUAUGAAGUGGGCUUCAAUGACAAAGGAGUCAUCCAACACUUGGAAGCUUCUUAUUAUACUGACUAUGGCGUAGGGGGAAACGAGAAAAUUGAUAUGUUGGUUCUAGAUCUAGUUCCGAAUUGUUAUGACACGAAGUAUUGGGGUUAUUCUACAUAUGAUGUUCAUACAGAUACUUCUGCGAAUUGUGCUAUGAGGGCACCAGGUUCUACUGAAGCUUUAGCUUCAACAGAAAAUAUCAUGGAACAAAUAGCUUCUAUCCUCAGGCUGGACCCAACAGAUGUCAAAUUCGCUAACAUGAAUGCAACUAAAUAUCCCAAAGUGAUCAAUUAUUGGAAGGAAAUGCAAACUUGGGGAGAUAUUCCUGCUAGAAAAAAAGCCAUCAAUGAGUUCAAUCAAGAAAACCGAUGGACGAAAAAAGGACUGUCUAUGGUACCGAUGGUAUGGACUCUGCCAACCUUUUUCAAUUAUUCUUUAUUUGUGUCCAUUUUUCAUGGAGAUGGUACUGUAGCUAUCGCUCAUGGAGGAAUAGAAAUUGGUCAAGGAAUUAAUACCAAGGUGGCACAAAUGUGUGCCCACAAAUUUGGAAUUGGUAUGGGGAUGGUUACAAUAAAACAAAGUAACAAUUUUAUCACUCCUAAUUCCAGUACUACUGGAGGAAGUUUUACUACAGAAGCUGUUUGUUAUGCUGCUGUGAAAGCCUGCGAAACGCUUAUAGAAAGAAUGAAACCAGUCAAGGAAAAGAUGACAAAUCCAACUUGGGUAGACUUGGUCAAUCAGUGUUAUGCUGAAAAUAUACAGCUGUACGCAACUGGAUUUUGUAACCCAAAAUCUCCAGCUGUUGAGGAUUACAAAAUUAUGGGAGUUGGUGUAGCUGAAGUGGAAGUGGAUAUCUUAACUGGAUUGCGACAAAUUUCAAGGGUAGAUAUACUAGAAGAUGUAGGGGAAAGUAUGAAUCCAUACGUAGAUAUUGGCCAAAUAGAAGGAGCUUUCGUUAUGGGAUUGGGUUACUUUACGAUGGAACAAAUAAUUCACGAUCCGGAUGGAAAACUCCUAACGGACCGUACAUGGACAUACAAACCGCCUGGAGCGAAAGAUAUACCUCUAAAUUUCAGAAUCAAAUUUGCUAAUGAAAGUCAUGAACCCACUCUUGGAGUACUCAAAUCAAAAGCUGCUGCUGAACCACCGUUGUGUCUGUCAGUUACUGUACCAUUGGCUAUAAGGCAAGCUUUGGAUUCAGCUAGGAGAGAAGCUGAUGCUAGCCAAGCAACAUGGAUACCAUUCAAUGGACCCACAACAGUGGAGCAGGCAUAUCUUAAUUCCUUCAACGACUAUAAACAAUAUAAACUGUGA